CCAACUUUGCUACUAAUUACUUUGACUUUGAUAUCAUAAAUAAAGAUUGGCUUGAAACUUGAAUAUAUGCCAAAUUGAACUUUAAGGCUAUAGGGUAUGGGGACCGUCCCCAUCCCCGUCGAGCUUCGGCGCCGGACGAACACCAUCCUGCCCCUCCACCGUCCCGUCCUCUCCGUCUAGCCUAAGACGUUGGCGACGUUCCUCAAAAGUGGGUUCCACUUAUCUUCUACCUUCAAACCCUCAUUUCCACUCUCGAUUUCUUCCGGAACCACACUCAUCCUGCACAAAUCAAGGUUUCCAGUGAGAGAUGGUGCCGAAAAAUGAAGCGACUGAAGAGCCGUUGGCCGAUUCUCCGACUUCUGUGCUUGAAGAUGAGUGAAACUAUAUCUGGAGUUUUAUCAAACAAGCAAUAAAAGCAAACGGACUCAGAUUUUAGUAUUCAGUUAUUAGUAUUUUCAGUUCUUUUAUGAUCAAAAUUUGCAUCGUCUUCACAUGCUUUUAUGAAAUUGUCUUCAUGGAUGGAGUGAAUCUCAGUUUAAUCAAGUUCUGAAUUAUGAGUUAGAUCAAAUGAUCAAGGCUUACUAGUUGCUUAGUGAGGCUGCUGCACUAAAGUUCACAGUGUAUUGUUGCUCAAUAGAGGCACCACACAAAACUCUUUCAAGCUAAUGGCCCUGAAAAUGUUCCUUCUGGUCUGUAUAUUUAAUAGGUACUGUAGUAGACAAUGCUGUGGAGCACCCAAGAAAUUAUCAGGUACUCAACCAGGAAUGAUUGUUUCACUUGGAGAUGUUUGUAGCUUCGAUGACUUGAAAGAAAGAAUGGCGGUUUACUUGAGCCAAAGUAACUGCCAUGAGAUUCUUGAUGAUAUGACUCAUGUUACAAAGAAUAUUGAUGAAGGAAGACUUAAAAUGAAGGCCCACUGUCCAAUAGUUGCUGAUGUUGGAAUGAAGGAGAAUGCUUUGAAGAUUCUAAUGAGUUAUAACCCUGUUUGGUUAACAUGAUGCUUUGGGUUAUGUGGUAUUUUAAAUUUAGCGAUUUUGAUAGUAAUACCGGCGACACCAAUAACAACCACUAUCCUUCAAAGGGGACAAGCUCAAGCUCCGUACCUUACCAACGACAACUUCCGUCACCGCCGACAAGCUCUAUCAAGCAUCACCGUAAUGUCGACAAGCUCAAGCUCCGACCAGUUUUGUUUUAUUAUUUAGAAAAUGAAUAGUGUAAUUUUACGUAGAAUCCAUUUUUGAAAUGAGAUUUGAAUGAGAAGUUAUGUAAUCUUCAAAUUUAUUAGUUCCGACAAAUUGAACAUCAAAUCAUUUGGGACA